AUGUUGAGUCCUGCCAACGGGGAGCAGAUCCACCUGGUGAACUAUAUGGAGGAUUACCUGGACUCCAUCGAGUCACUGCCUUUCGACCUGCAGAAGAAUGUCUUGCUGAUGCGGGAGAUCAAAGCCAAAUACCAAGAGAUCCUGAAGGAGCUGGAUGAUUACUAUGAGAAGUUAAGGGAGGCGGACGGCACCCAGAAGAGGCAGGUGCUGCACUGCAUCCAGAGGGCCUUGAUCCGCAGCCAGGAGCUAGGCGACGAGAAAAUCCAAAUCGUCAGUCAGAUGGUGGAGUUGGUGGAGAACCGCACCAGGCAGGUGGACAGUCAUGUGGAGCUCUUCGAAGCCCACCAGGACAUCAGUGACAGCACUGGCAGCAGCAGCAACACUGGCCAGGACAAGUCGAAGAGUGAGACAAUGGCUCAGGCAGACAAGCCGAAUAACAAGCGGUCCCGGAGGCAGCAAAACAACGAGAAUCGAGAGAAGGCAUCUACUAAUCACGACCAUUAUGACAUCGCCUCAGGAACGCCCAAGGAGAAGAAAGCAAAACCCUCAAAGAAGAAACACUCCAAAGCCAAAGCAGAGCCUUUUUGUCCGGGCGGAGUCCCUGGGCUGCCUGGAAUCCCUGAUUCUGAGCCCUGA